AUGUCCACCUCACCACCCAUUCUGAAAAUCCCGACUGAGGUACUCGCCUGCAUCAUCGAGGGAACGCUGUGGCAUCCGAAGCUUCGGGGGAGGUCUGACUGCAAGGCUCUCGCCGAUUUGCAACUCGUCUGCAGGAAAUGGCGAGACGUGAUCCAGCUUCACAUGCCGCGACUCUGGCAGGGGCUUUGUCUCAACUAUACAAAGCGAUUUCCCAGCGUCGAGAUUCUGAACGAGUGGUUUGAUAGGGGCGGAACCUCGCCACUUCUCCAGCUGGUCAUCUCGGCUGGAUCCCGCUUUCGCACAGCUGCGGACGAGUUGCCUGUGGGUUUCCCUUCCUUUGUCGCAAGCCGACGUUGGAAACGCUUGGAAUUGGACGGUCUGCCUGGCACCGUCUCGUGCGAGGUUCUCGGAGCUGCCCUUCAAGAACACCAAAUGGGCCGUGGAAACCUUUGGGCCUCGGUUCGCGAAUUCGCCGCAAGCAUCGGCCACGUCGACGACCGUAUCGAUCUCACCUCUAUGGCCACUGUCCUCCCUGCAUUGGAAUGUCUUCGCAUCACGGCUUGGACCAUGUCCUCUCGUCAAGCUCAAAACUUGACACACCCCUCCCUCGUCUCAAUCACCCUGUUUCGGUGCAAGGCGUCGAGCUCGGCUUUUGCUUCAGUCUUCUCGGAAAACAGCCUCCCCUGCCUUCAGGAAGUCAUCAUCGAUUCCUGUAACCGGAUCGCCACUACCCCUUUCCACCCCCCAGAGAUACGGGUGAAUCGCAGCGUGGAGCGUUUGGUCAUCGUUCAAGGGCAAUCGAUUUACGCCUUGGGGAAGAUUACAUUCCCAAACCUCAAAUUCCUCCGCUUAGAGGACACAGAGACCCCUAUUCCGGGCAACUCGCACGAGAGACAGCACUGUCUUUACGCCUUUGCUCGGAGAUCGUGUCGGAACGUCCACACACUUACGCUCGAAGACGCCGAUCAAAGAGUUGAGGACGACGCUUUCCUCAUCGCCAUGUCGCCUUCACUUCGAUGUCUCGCUGUUCGCAACGGUGACCCGUUCUCCCUCAUUGACCCUGCUGAAAACCCCUUGGCUACCCUUUCCGAGAUUUUCAUGAGGGACUCGCCUCUCAGUCAAGGUCAGAACUACUUGCCCGACCUCAACCACGCUCCGCCUAGCAGCCCGUUGGUGAACCACGUCGUCAAGUAUUUCUCCCGUCGUUGGCAAACCUCGUCUGAUGAUCAUCGCCCAUCCACUGUCACAAUCACGUCGCGAAAGCCAGCCAUUUCAAGACUAGUGCUAGACCGCGCGGCUCGACAAAUGUACGCCGAGGUAAACCGUCAGGACUUAUUGAAGGCCGGUGUUGAAGUCGUAGACGAUCAUGACCAUUGGAAUAAUCCCUUCGGAAGUUGGUCCGCUACUCUCGCUCGUCGUGUCAAUGGGUCAGGCUAUUAG